AUGGCCAAUGCUCCUCACGGUGGUGUUCUUAAAGAUGCACAUGCUCGUGAUGCCCAUAAGUUUGACGAAUUAUUGAAAGAAUCCAAAACAUUGCCGUCAAUAAUAUUAACAGACCGUCAAUUAUGCGAUCUAGAACUUAUUAUGAAUGGCGGGUUCUCACCAUUGGAGGGAUUCAUGAAUCAAGGAGACUACAAUCGCGUUGUGAAUGAACUUCGCUUAAGGGAUGGUAACCUUUUUUCUAUACCUGUGACUCUCGAUGUCUCCGAGCAUGACAUAAAGUCAUUAGGACUGGAGCCUAAAAAACGCGUAGUGUUAAGAGAUCUUCGUGACGACGCGCCAUUGGCCAUUUUGACAAUCGAUGAUGUAUAUCGUCCAAAUAAAGUCGAAGAAGCCUUGAAGGUUUUUGGUAGCAAUGAUAUGUCCCACCCUAGCAUUAAGUAUCUGCACACUCAAACCAAAGAAUAUUAUGUUGGAGGAAAUGUAGAGGCCAUUCAGGCACCCGCACAUUAUGAUUACAUUGCUCAUAGACUUACUCCGGCUGAACUUCGCGCGCAUUUCAAAAAACUUAAUUGGAAUCGCGUCGUAGCAUUUCAAACUCGAAACCCAAUGCAUCGUGCACAUCGAGAAUUGACAGUUCGUGCAGCACGAAUUCGUCAGGCCAAUGUCCUUAUUCAUCCUGUAGUGGGUCUCACUAAACCUGGAGACAUAGAUCAUUACACAAGAGUCAGGGUUUAUCAAACGAUAAUGCGUAAGUACCCCAACGGGAUGGCUACUUUAAGUUUAUUACCGUUGGCAAUGAGGAUGGGUGGACCACGAGAAGCUCUCUGGCAUGCAAUUAUUAGAAAGAAUUUUGGAGCUACACAUUUUAUCAUUGGACGAGAUCAUGCGGGUCCUGGAAAGAAUUCACAAGGGGUUGAUUUCUACGGACCAUAUGAAGCUCAGGAAUUAGUAGUAAAGUACCAUGACGAAUUAAAAAUCGAGGUCGUUCCCUUCCAGAUGAUGACAUAUAUUCCCGAUUCAGAUGAAUAUAUGCCGGUCGACGAGGUACCGAAAGGUACACAAACUCUUAACAUUUCUGGCACGGAAUUACGACGUCGUCUUAGAAGUGGUGCACACAUUCCCGAGUGGUUUUCAUAUCCGGAAGUGGUUCAAGUACUUAGAAACACUCAUCCACCGCGAUCAAAGCAGGGAUUCACGUUAUUCUUAACGGGAUAUUAUAAUUCUGGAAAGGACAUGGUGGGAAGAGCGUUACAAGUUGUGCUUAAUGAACAGGGUGGAAGGCCUGUAAGUCUUUUGUUGGGUGAGAUUGUACGCCAUGAGCUUUCAUUCGAAUUAGGAUUUUCAAGGAGAGACCGGGAUUCAAAUAUAGCCCGCAUAGCAUUUGUGUCUGCCGAACUUACAAAGGCAGGUGCAGCUGUUAUUGCAGCGCCGAUCGCACCAUUUGCUGAAGCACGUGCACAUGCAAGAGCGCAUAUCGAAACGUAUGGUGGAUUUUAUUUGGUUCACGUGAAUACUCCGUUAGAUUAUUGUAUCGCUACUGACCGAAAGGGAAUAUAUCAGAGAGCACAAUCUGGUGAAAUAAAAGGAUUCACGGGAGUUGAUGAUCCUUAUGAGGCACCUACGGAUGCAGAUAUCGUUGUAGAUAUCAGUAAGCAAAGUGUUAGCGAGAUUUGCCAUCAAAUUCUGUUAUUGCUCGAAAAGGAUGGAUAUAUUGGUGAAAAAUAG